GGGACUCUGUUGACGUCAAGAAGGGGUGGCCACUUUAAGAAAUUUCUUUCUAGGUGUUGGCCGGGGUUAAGGCGACGUCAGGCUGAAUGUGUUUCAAUCGCCUCUGGUGUGAGCGAGUCACUCGGAGAAAUCCCGAGGAUGUGGGAGGUUCUCGGAUCUGUCAGUUCUUAUUGAUAGUAGCAGAGGCUGCCUUACACGCUGUCUUAUGGCAAACCGAAUCCGUGGAGCCUACUUCACUGAACCGCCACUACUAGAACCGCAAUAGGUUCCCUGCAACAGGACAAAGAUCUUAGUCAAACUGUGUCCAGCGAAUUGAAAACCGGCUUUGGAGAAGGUGCCACCAUCCAACGCCUUCAAGAAUUAGAAGACAUCGGCAGUUAAGAUUCGGUGUACAUUUUAAAGGGGCGGUGAAGAGGAUAUUGUAUCGACAAUGGGAAAUCAACUUUCGGAGCUGACGCCCAGCGGUACCUUCUUGCCUCCUUUCCAGUCUCUACACGUUGUGGUGAUUGGAUUAGAUUCAGCAGGAAAGACAACUUUAUUGUACAGACUGAAAUUAAAGGAGUUUGUCAACACAAUUCCUACUAAAGGGUUUAAUACUGAAAAAGUCAAAGUGCCAAUUGGGAACUCGAGGUCCAUCACUUUCCAGGUCUGGGACGUUGGUGGCCAAGAGAAGUUGAGGCCUCUGUGGAAGUCCUACACCAGGCGUACAGAUGGCAUUGUCUUCGUCAUAGAUUCCUCUGAGCUGGAGCGAAUGGAGGAAGCCAAGGCUGAGCUCCACAAAAUCUCCAAGAGUUCAGAAAAUCAAGGAGUGCCCGUCUUAAUUUUUGCCAAUAAACAAGAUUUGCCUGGGGCAGUCUCAGUGGCUGAGAUGGAAAAGUCUCUGGGUUUAAACGAACUGGGAGCUUCCACUCUGCACCACAUCCAGAGUUCCAGUGCUGUGAAUGGCCAGGGAUUGCAGCAAGGACUGGAGAGGUUAUACGAAAUGAUUGUUAAACGGAAGAAGAUGCUCAGACACCAGAAGAGAAAAAGAUGAACUAUUGCCCCAAACCUAUAAUUGAUUAAGACUUGAAUCUGUGCUCUUUUUAGAAUAGUUCGUUAAUGGAGGUUCCUAAAAGAGAAUCUAAAUGGUCAAAAGCACACAACUUGCCUAGGUUAUAUUUUCCAGGUUUUUGGGGUAAGCCCAAAUUCAUAUUUUCCAUUUUCUGUUCUCCCCAGAUAUUGUGUAGUGUGUACCACAGCAACAGGACACAGAUUCGGUGAUCCAAAUGCCAAUCUGCACAAUGGAUUGUACUACAACAGAGACAAGUGUCAAACUAGGAGAGGAGGGACUGGUUGGUGAUACAAGGCAACUAUUGCCAUUAAACAGCAUUGACUCAUGGCAUUUUACAUGUUGUUUGGAGAAUAUUUGUGAAUUGAUAGUUAUAGCAAAGGUCCUCGGUGUACUGGAGUCUUUUAAUUUGCAUUUGCAAAUAUGUUCCUGUUAUGAUUGAUUGUACCAGGCUAAACCCUCUUCACAUAAACUGAUAGAACAUCACUAAGAAUUGCCAGGAAAAAUUGGUCAAUGGAGACAAAACAAAAGUUGUUUCUAGCUCUCUUUAGCUGUCCCAUUUGUCAAAAAUCUUCGUCAUUUUGCUCCAGUGGAGCUGAACAUAACACAACGUUUUGAUAUUCGCUACUGUUUCUUUUUUCUAAAGGAUUAGAGACUUGCGCAAAUCUUUGUUGACAAAUAAUGUGCAAGUCAAGGACACUUUUGAUGAAAGCUGCAAAAGACAGUUAGCAUGUGAUGACUCCUCUGCAGAGAUAACAAGUUGACUGAGGGAGGUGCUUUUUAGAUUGCGUUUUUGUAGCUAUGAUUCAGCUACACAUUCCUACCACAUGGGACUACCUAAAGCAGUAUUUCAUUAAAUGAGUAGAGGAGUGGAGUAAAUCUUUAAUGUUCCACCAAAGGGAAGUAUUUCCACUCCAAUACCAGAAUAUGUCGAGGCCAAAUGAUGUGAGGUGACUCCAAACAUGCUUCUCAUCAUCCAGCUGUAGUAAAACUGUUAUGGUGCAAAGCUACAUUUUAACAGUGUUGGGAUGGAGAAGUCUUUGAUGUUGGGUGUGACUUGCCUUCACACCCUGAUCUCCUCUGGUCCAAGUAAGUGCAGAGUUUCUUUGAAGUUUGAUAAUAAUGAGAUUGGUUGGAUGCACAGCCAGCAGUGAAACUCUAGUCUGGCAUUGCAUGUUACAAUUCACUUGGUACCUGGUUUGAAGCCAAUGUCAGCAGUGUAAUUCCAGCCAUGGAUAUUAGAUUGUGACACUGUACUUCAAUAAGAGGAAACAUGCAAACGUCCACAUUUUUUUGUAUUAACUUCAUUAAAAUGUUUUCCAGUCAGGCUUUGACACAAAAAAAUGGAUCUUGUCAACACUUAAACUGUGAAACUAAAUGUUGAUUUGUAUAUAUAAUUUUUUUGUACUUUGUUACCAUUUUUUAAAAGCAAAUUUUGUGUUUAGUGCUGAAAUAAAAUGCUGUAAGAUCAGAUGAAUUAAAGACAUGAGUCAUUUUUCUUU